CCCGGGCCUCGCCCUCCGCCUGUGCUCCCUGCCCCUCCCCUCCCCGCCUCCCAGGCUCGCCCCUCCCUUCUCCUGGAGCAGUCUCUCCUCCGCGUGUCUCCCAGCGCUCUCUCCAUUGUCUCUGCCUUUACAACAGGUUCAGGCUGCGCUCAAGACUGUGGAGGGUGCAGAGCCAUCUGAGCUUCCCUUUCUGGGGGCCGACCCUCUUCUUGAUGUGCAUCUCUCCACCUUCUUUUAUUCUGCUCCAGUGCUAAUUUCUCGACCCUGGGGCAAGUGCCACCCCUCCUCUGGGCCACCCUACCAGUCCGCGAUGCCGCCUCGCUUCUGCGUGUGGGAAUGAUGUGCGCGUUGGAGGGUCUAAGUUCUUCACGCGCCUGGGGUAUUCUCGCCUUUUCUUCUUAGGAAAGCAAAUCAUAUUAAUCCUUAUAAUCAGUAAAUCGGAGGCAGCAGCAGAAGAGGCAAACCCUAUUUCCCCGCUUUAUUCCAAGCAGCUUUCUGGUUUUUAUUUUUAAAGAGGAAGACGAUGGACUGAGCAGAUCCACACCAUGGAGUCUCGGGUGUUACUGAGAACAUUUUGUUUGAUCUUCGGUCUUGGAGCAGUUUGGGGGCUUGGUGUGGACCCCUCUCUGCAGAUUGACGUCUUAACAGAGUUAGAACUUGGGGAGUCCACGACUGGAGUGCGCCAGGUUCCCGGGCUGCAUAAUGGAACGAAAGCCUUUCUCUUUCAAGAUACUCCAAGAAGUAUAAAAGCGUCCACGGCAACAGCUGAGCAGGUUUUUCAGAAGCUGAGGAAUAAACAUGAAUUUACUCUGUUGGUGACUUUGAAACAGACCUAUUUAAAUUCAGGUGUUAUUCUAUCCAUUCACCACCUAGAUCACAGGUACCUGGAAUUGGAGAGCAGUGGCCAUCGGAAUGAAGUAAGACUGCAUUACCGCUCAGGUAGUAACCGUCCUCACACAGAAGUGUUUCCUUACAUUUUGGCUGAUGACAAGUGGCAUAAACUCUCCUUGGCUAUCAGUGCCUCUCAUUUGAUUUUACACAUCGACUGUAAUAAAAUUUAUGAAAGAGUGGUGGAAAAGCCUUCUCUGGAUUUGCCUAUGGGCACAACCUUUUGGCUGGGACAAAGAAAUAAUGCCCAUGGAUAUUUUAAGGGUAUAAUGCAAGAUGUGCAAUUACUUGUCAUGCCCCAAGGAUUUAUUGCUCAAUGCCCAGAUCUUAAUCGCACCUGUCCAACUUGUAAUGACUUCCAUGGCCUCGUGCAGAAAAUCAUGGAGCUGCAAGACAUUUUAGCCAAAACAUCAGCCAAGCUGUCCCGAGCUGAACAACGAAUGAAUAGACUGGACCAGUGUUACUGUGAAAGGACAUGCACUAUGAAAGGAACCACCUACCGAGAAUUUGAGUCCUGGACCGAUGGCUGUAAGAACUGCACAUGCUUGAAUGGAACCAUCCAGUGUGACACACUAGUCUGUCCGAAUCCUGACUGCCCACUGAAGUCUGCACUUGCAUAUGUGGAUGGCAAAUGCUGCAAGGAAUGCAAAGCAAUAUGCCAAUUUCAAGGACGAACCUACUUUGAAGGAGAAAGAAAUACUGUCUAUUCAUCGUCUGGAGUGUGUGUUCUCUAUGAAUGCAAGGACCAAACAAUGAAGCUUGUGGAGAGUUCAAGCUGUCCAGCUUUGGAUUGUCCUGAGUCUCAUCAGAUUACCUUGUCACAUAGCUGUUGCAAAGUGUGUAAAGGUUAUGACUUUUGUGCUGAGAGACAUAACUGCAUGGAUAAUUCUGUCUGCAGAAAUCUGAAUGACAGGGCAGUUUGUAGCUGUCGAGAUGGUUUCAGGGCUCUUCGAGAGGACAAUGCCUACUGUGAAGACAUUGACGAAUGUGCUGAAGGGCGCCAUUACUGCCGUGAGAAUACAAUGUGUGUCAAUACUGCUGGUUCAUUCAUGUGCAUCUGCAAAACUGGAUACAUCAGAAUUGAUGAUUAUUCAUGUACUGAACAUGAUGAGUGCAUCACGAAUCAACACAACUGUGAUGAAAAUGCUUUAUGCUUCAACACUGUUGGAGGACAUAACUGUGUUUGCAAGCCAGGCUAUACUGGUAAUGGAACCACAUGCAAAGCUUUUUGCAAAGAUGGCUGCAGGAAUGGUGGAGCCUGUAUUGCGGCUAAUGUGUGUGCUUGCCCACAAGGCUUCACUGGACCCAGCUGUGAAACGGACAUUGAUGAGUGCUCUGAUGGCUUUGUUCAGUGUGAUAGCCGUGCUAAUUGUAUUAACUUGCCUGGAUGGUACCACUGUGAGUGCAGGGAUGGCUACCAUGACAACGGGAUGUUUUCACCAAAUGGAGAAUCCUGUGAAGAUAUUGACGAGUGUGGAACCGGAAGGCACAGCUGUGCCAAUGAUACCAUUUGCUUUAACUUGGAUGGUGGAUAUGACUGCCGGUGUCCUCAUGGAAAGAAUUGCACAGGGGACUGUAUCCAUGAGGGAAAAAUUAAACACAAUGGUCAGAUCUGGGUGUUGGAAAAUGACCGAUGCUCCGUGUGCUCAUGCCAGAAUGGAUUUGUGAUGUGUCGACGAAUGGUCUGUGACUGUGAGAAUCCAACAGUUGAUCUUUUUUGCUGCCCUGAAUGUGACCCAAGGCUUAGCAGUCAGUGCCUGCAUCAGAAUGGGGAAACGUUGUACAACAGCGGUGACACUUGGGUCCAAAACUGCCAGCAGUGCCGCUGCUUGCAAGGAGAAGUUGACUGUUGGCCUCUGCCUUGCCCAGAGGUAGAGUGUGAAUUCAGUGUCCUUCCAGAAAAUGAGUGCUGCUCACGCUGUGUCACUGACCCUUGCCAGGCGGACACUAUUCGCAAUGACAUCACCAAGACUUGCCUGGAUGAAAUGAAUGUGGUUCGCUUCACUGGAUCCUCGUGGAUCAAGCAUGGCACUGAGUGUACUCUCUGCCAGUGUAAGAACGGCCACAUCUGCUGCUCAGUGGAUCCACAGUGCCUUCAGGAGCUGUGAAGUGAACAGUCUCACAGGAGAUUUCUGGUUAAAGAACAUUCUUUCAUUAAAAAGACACCCCCCCCCAAAAAAAAAAGAAACACUGAAAAAAUAGAUAAUUUGUGGGCAGCUAAGUGCAGCUUUGUUAACAGCUGACUGAACUUCCAAUUAUAAAAUUUGUGGAGCUUGAAGAAAUCACAAAAGGGAAAUUCUUUUGUGAGUAAAUUCUUAGGGCAAAAUUAGACCACAGUUCUGCCUCUGCUGUGCCCAACAUACCACAUAAAAGAAUGAGCGUGGAACACACACUAUGGCCUCGCGACUCCUGGAUAUGAACCUGAAUGCAUCAGAUCUCAGAAAACUUCUAGCUUCACUGGUGCCAAAAAUCCUAUUCUAGGUCAGAAUCUUCACCUAUCACUUGAGUUCCGCACUCGAAACAAGAGCAAACAGACAAUACAACAUAAAGCAGUGAAUUAAUUAUAUUUUCAGAAGCAAAGCAAAGCAGCUAUAAUGUGUUAUGUACAGUACACACUCUGAAACAAGUUAUUGUAAUGAUAAAAAUAACACACAGGCAUGGUUACUUAAUAUUUUCUAACAGGAAAAGUCAUCUCUAUUUCCUUGUUUUACUGCACUUAAUAUUAUUUGGUUGAAUUUGUUCAGUAUGAGCUCGUUCUUGUGCAAAAUUAAAUAAAUAUUUCUCUUACCUUAUAA